GGACGGAGAUGUGUCGAGGACAACCGAGGGGCAGAGAGCGUCCGAUGGCUGCGAACGUGAUGAACACGAUGAUGGCGGUCGGAUGGGCAUGCUUUUGGAUCACCUUGCGGAAGCCAUGCAGAUAUUGGAGCAAAAAACGAGGGCCUGCUACUCCGAGAGUUUUGAUGACCGAAGCAGCGAGGAAUUCGUGGAGAUGAUGGUGGUUGAUGGUUGCUUCGUGGUUGAACUAUUGCGUCUUUACCACCAGCGUUUCAACCCCCAGUCACCUGGGGUGGCAACUGAGUACGAUCCGAUUUUCACCAACCCCCGGACUCUAACAGCCCUUCGACGCGACCUCCUACUGCUUGAGAACCAACUACCUUUCUUCGUUCUUGAGAAACUGUACGAGCUAAUCAACAAGAAUAACAAGAUUGAUCAUCAACACGCUGUGCCGCUGGAAGUACUCGCAGUCACCUUCUUCGACCCGCUGUUACCCCAGCACAAUGCUGCAUCUAAGUUGGACACCAACAAACCCAAGGCUCAUCUGCUCGAUGUUUUCCGCUCUACCUUCCUCAAAUCGGUGAGUGAGAAAGUCCUCAAGAAGGGAAAGAGUGAAGUCAAGUCGCGGUUGAAUCCCAAUGGCAGUAUGAGGGGCCUUGUCCGACACUUCGCAUCGGAGCUCCAAGAGGCGGGCAUGCAAUUCAAGAAGCGGAAGGGUCACGACUUACUGGACAUCGAGUUUGAUCACAACACCCUACGGGUCCCUCAGUUGUCCAUCGACGACAAUACCAUCUCUCUCCUUUUGAAUUUCGUUGCGUACGAAAUGAGCGUCCAACACCCCGAGCCCUUCUUCACGAAUUAUCUAAUGUUCUGGGACAGUUUGAUCAAUAGCCCCAGGGACAUUCAGAUCUUCCGCAAGCGCGGGAUCAUCAAUCACCUGGGAAGCGAAAACGAGGCGGCGGAACUGCUUGUGAAGUGUAGAGAGCUCAAUUACGAUCUCGAUCUGGGCUACUUGUACAAUGAAAUCAAGGAGGUGAAUGAGUAUUGCGAGCAGUACUACGGAAGCAAGUACAGCGUCUGGUGGAGAAGCCUCAUCCUCGAACGUUUCAGUAGUCCGUGGACAUGCCUCUCUCUCUUUGCUGUCAUUAUCCUCUUGCUGCUUACCCUCCUCCAGACGUUUUACACGGUGUACGCUUACUAUCGGCCGCAUUAAGCUUUGUGCCUGUCAUUCUAUGACAGCAGGUGUUAUUAGCUAAUGGCUUUUUGCAUUUGAUGUCCUGUAUUUGUCUCCGUCUUGGUUGCGUAGUGGCUUUACUUGAUGGAAAUUGUAUUUUUAAUAAAUUUUAAAAUUUCAAUU